AUGCUAGCACCAUCCUGGUUCAAACGAUGCCUCACUGGUGGUUUCAGCGAGGCCGUGACCUUGGCCGAGAAAGGAACCGUCGACAUUGAUGACCCGAAGCAACCUGGUGCGGAUCUCCUCGCCGCGGUUGCCCUGCUGGCCGACUACUAUGGUUGCAACGCCCUCGUCGACGACCACUUGGAUUUAUGGCUGAGCGAGACAUCCGGGAGAUGGAGACGUCAGCGAGCCUCAACGUCAGAUGAUGGUGCGCCUCUAUUCCGCCUGGAUCUACAAUCGCGCUACAGACUUUGCGCGGCAGUCAUCAUCAUGGAGGAAUCGCGCACUUUAAUAGAAGCGCAUGGAGUCCCCAUUGACCCUAAAAUAAGCGAUUACGGGUGGUUGAUGACGUACAGGACACCCAAUGUCUUCAUGGACGAACUGGGCCUACUCUUUGCCAAAGCUCCGUAUGAGAAUCUGAGUAUCAAGACCAUUGUAUCCAAGCUGACAUCCGGUGACCGAUCCCAUUACGAAGUCCAUGACCACGGCUGGCAGUGGUCUCGUUUCCAUUGUCACAUGGGACCUGAACACCUUUCCGCUAUCUUUGCUGGCUUGAGUGACAGGGCCGAGUGCUUGGACUUGCGCAGGGUUGAAUUUGAGUGA